AUGGAAGAAACUUACACUGACUCCCUGGACCCUGAGAAGCUAUUGCAAUGCCCCUAUGACAAAAACCAUCAAAUCAGGGCUUGCAGGUUUCCUUAUCACAAGUGCAGAAAGAAUCAUCCUGAUGUUGCAAGCAAAUUGGCUACUUGUCCCUUCAAUGCUCACCACCAGGUUCCUCGAGCAAAAAUUAGUCAUCAUAUCUCAAGCUGUGAUGACAGAAGUUGUAUUGAGCAAGAUGUUGUAAACCAAACCAGGAGCCUUAGACAAGAGACUCUGGCUGAGAGCACUUGGCAGUGCCCUCCUUGUGAUGAAGACUGGGAUAAAGAUUUGUGGGAACAGACCAGCACCCCAUUUGUCUGGGGCACAACUCACUACUCUGACAAUAACAGCCCUGCAAGCAAUAUAGUUACGGAACAUAAGAAUAACCUGGCUUCAGGCUUGCGAGUUCCCAAAUCUCUGCCGUAUGUUUUGCCAUGGAAAAACAAUGGAAAUGCACAGUAA